UGACAUUAUGUCAUUGUUUGCCAAAUGUUUUUAUAUUCUGUGGCGUGUGGUACUUUAUUUAUUGAAAUUGUGUACAUAUUUUGUGUAGGGGUCGACUUUAAUCCUUCCAAAAUUUUUCUAAUGUGUUGUGUAGUUGUUUUGCAAAAUGUAAUCCCUUUUUAGUGCAUUUAAUUUAGCUUAACUAAGUUGGGUAUGUGUUAUGCUGUUGUGGGAAGAUGGUUCAGUGAAAUAACUAUGAGGUCUGUUAAGUCAUUACAUAAAGAUGUUGUCAGCUUACGCCAGGUUUAUCGUCCGCCACUCUUACCUUGCCCUUUUCACUGUAACUGGGAUCUCGACUAUCCUCACUGUCAUCCCAUUAGUAUGUCAUGAGCUACCAUCAUUCUCUGAUCCCAUAGUGGGCUUUGAAACGCGCGGAACAACCCUCGCGCAUCGUUUCAUUGCAUGGGAAAACCUCAUUGAUGAAACAAGACCGUCUCGAAGGCUCGCAGUCAAUCCUAAAGAAAUCGAGGAUCAAAUACGUAUGAACCAAACAUACUACAACAGAACACACCAGGACAAACCUAGAUCAGGACGUGGGCGCAACAAAAAGAAAGAGCGAAACAAAAAGAAAAAAGUUCAUUACAAUGACACCAACUUUGAAAAGAAUUAUUUGCCCUCAGACCCUAACAUAUCUAAUGGCCAUGUCCAUUGGGGCUUUGGCACAAACAAGACAUUUGAAGAUGAUAACACAAAGGUUCUUAAAGACCACACUAGAAAGCAGUGGGUUUCUAUAAAAGAAAUGCAGCGUAAGCCUGACAAACCUAUAACGCACAACUAUGCAUCGGGGACCUGUGGGCCGCCCAUAUCAGAUUAUGCUCAUCUAGUCAUAACAAAUACUGACAACACAUCUUUGCUAACAUUUGAAAAUGUGCAAAGAAUGUGUAAAUUACAAUCCAUGCUCGUACAGAUUGGUGAAGAUGAAUAUUAUAAAAUGUGCCAAAGGGAUCUACAUUCUGAAGAGCUCUGCUGUCCAGUGUGGAGUGUACCAAAUUACAUAGCUUUAAUCUCUGGGAAGACUUCCUGUGAAAAUUUAAAUAAAGAAGAUGUUAGCAGCACUGUUACUAUUUUGAAGAAAUGUGCAGGUUACUUUCAUAAUUUUUCAUUAAUGGCCUCUUGUGAUUUAGAUAGGUGUAAAGUCCCCAAGUAUUGUUCCCAGUAUGAUGCCAUAUAUAAUUUAUUAUUUUAUUUAAUAGACUCGCAAGCAUUUUCUCCUUCUGAUCUCUCACAGACAUUUGUAAAGAAUGUAAUGGUCUUUUUGCCAUUACCUAGCAGUAGCACAGUAUUACCGUAUUAUGAACUAUUACAAAAUUCCAAUUUAUCAUAUGAAACACUUGUUAUACCCGCUAUGGAUUUUGGACUGAAGAAUGCACUUUUUGACUUAUGGGUAAUACAAGAUACGUGGCUAAUAGGGUUAGGUGGUAUUUUUGUAUUUAUCUGUGUGUGGGUCUAUACAAAAUCCAUUAUUCUCACUUUGCUGUUGUUCAUAGGUAUAACAUAUUCAAUUGGGAUAGCAUACUUCUUGUAUAUCUAUGUGUUCAAUUUGGAAUUUUUUCCCUUUAUGAAUUUAUUAGUAAUAGUUGUUGUGAUAGGUAUUGGAGCAGAUGAUGCAUUUCUUUAUGUCAAAGUGUGGAAAAUGGUGAGCAAGCAACUCAUCCGUGACAAUGUUGUUUGUCAGGAUAAUGGUCUGAGUGACAUAAAGAAUGUGUCCAGUGCAGGCGAGACUAUACUAAUGCAAAUACUUGUGGAGACCAUGAAGCACUCCAUAACGACUAUGAGUGUUACAACUGUGACUACCGCAGUUGCAUUUCUUGCCUCCUGGGUGAGCUAUAUUCCUGCUAUAAACUGCUUUAGUGUCUUUGCUGGUACAGCAGUUCUAGUCAACUUUAUUCUGAUGAUAAGUUUAUUACCUGCAUCAGUAUUUAUUGUAGAUGUUAAAUUGUGUACAAAUCGAAGAAAGUUUUUAGAAGUAUUUCAUAAAAGUAUUAAUGGCUUUUGCGAAGAUAUCAAAGCGAUGUUGAAUAGAUUUAUUAUAACAUGUAUCACAAGAUUGUACAUAAUGUUUGUUAUAGUGUUGGGUGCUAUAGGGAUGUGCAGUAUUGUCAUAGUUUUCUACUUUCCUGGCCUUCAAUUGCCAGACACAAAACAGUUUCAACUUUUUCAAACCUCCCAUCCUUUUGAACAAUAUGACAUGAUCUACAGUAGUAAGUUCCUAUUUGAAAGAUUUGGUAAGGAUAUAGGUACAGGUAGUAAAAUGCCUCUUAGGUGGGUUUGGGGGGUAAAAGCUAUAGAUAAUGGUAACCACAUGAAUCCAGCUUCAAAAGGUCACCUGGAAUUUGAAGAAAAAUUUUCCAUUUCCGAUCCUGACUCUCAAUUGUGGUUAUCAGGAUUUUGUAGUAGAAUUAAAGCACAACCAUUUUUUCAACAAACCUUAGGACCCUUGCUCCCAAACUGUUUCAUUGAAAGUUUUAAAAUGUACAUGAGUAGAAAGUGUAUUGAUCAUAUCGCCAAAAUAAAUAAGACCCCAUGCUGUGAAACAUCAAAAUUUCCGUAUAAAAAAGAAGUAUUCGAUUUCUGUAUUAUAAAAGCCAUAGAGUCCCUAUAUCAAACCCCUCGCGAAAUAUUUAUGCCUGGUGUGGCGGGACCUAAAUUUCUUAGAAGUGCUAGUCCCCCAACAGUCUCUGCAAUGGUAGUAGAAUUUGAGAGUGUUGUGCCCUAUUCUUUGUCAUAUUCGGAAACGGAUAAUUUUUAUCAACAAGUAGAAAAUUGGACACAGCAUGAAUUAAAAGCUGCGCCAUCAGGAAUGCAGUGCGGGUGGUUUCUGUCAGAUUUCCAAUUUUAUGACCUUCAGAAAACAUUAGCUAGUGGAACUGUGAUAGCUUUAAUCCUGUCGGCUACUUUAGGGUUCAUAGUUCUGGUGCCGGCAACUUUAAGCCUCAUCAUUAGUGCAUCUGCUUUAGCAGCCAUGAUUUUUUCAGCAACUGUAACUAUAGCUAUAUUAGUAUUAAAUGGUUGGAAGCUCAAUAUUUUAGAAAGUGUAGCAAUAUCUACGUCAGCAGGAUUAGCUGUGGAUUUCAACCUCCACUACGCACUUACGUUUGCUAGUGCUAACGGUCCAAAGUCGGCUAGAGUCAAAUGUGCGUUGACAUCAUCUUCUGGCCCAACAGCUGCUGCCGCAUUGACGACUGGAUUUGCUGGUAUAUUUUUAUUGCGCUCGAAUCUCUUACCGUAUUCUCAAAUAGGUUCGUUUUUGGCUCUGAUAAUGGUUGUCAGUUGGACGUAUGCAACAUUUUUCUUAUGCUCCUUAUUCCAUUUAGUUGGGCCUAAUUCUUUAAAAGAUACCCCUACGGAAGAAAGGAAGUCAGUAUCCCGAGUUAGCUCUGUUUGUUCAGGGGUCCCCAAUUUAGAGAGCCACGAACUAGAACACCUCGCUGAUAGCAAUCGAACGAAUCUCACUCUCUCUCGCAGUCCUUCUAAUGCUAGUGCUACCACAGUCGUUUUACAUGAUGACUUCGAGAAUUGUCACAGUAAAAUUGUUAAGAAGUCUAGUGAUACGAGUAAUAAUAAAUUUUCCGAAAAUGACUGAAUGUUAGAACUAAUAUAGACUUAUAAUUAAGGCAAGUUUGGAAGUAUUUUUUUACUAAGUCAGUAUUUUUUUUACAAUUUUAUUUACAACGCUAUUUCCAUUUAUUUACUGUAGUAGUUUUGUCUUUGUAAAUACUCGUCACUUUUAUCGUGUAAAAAUCAAUUUGUAGGAAUGAUCGAUGUGACAAUAAUUAUCACAUAAAUAUUCACAUGGGACAAUAUAAGAUCUUAACGAGCUUAGCUUGCAUGUUGAGUUACUUUACAUAGAUGUUGUUUUUCUACUUUCACGGGAGUAAAUAAUAUGUAUUAUAUUACGAUAUCAUGAUCUGAUUUAGAUAAGUACUUAAUGUUAGAUUUAAUUAUUCUAUACCUGUAUAAGUAUUUAAAUGUUACUUUGCACUGUUAUUUCAUUGAUGUAUUCGUGUUAUAAGCAUAUUAUACCUAAGUAUUAAUGUCAAUUCACAUUCACAAUGAAAUUGUUAUGUAUUAAAAAUAAAUUAAUGUAUAUAUUUUAACGCCUGCACGGCUUACAAACAGUAUUUCGAAAAAUCUAAUUCAUUGUACUUACUUAGUAUUGUGAGCAAAUUCACUCGACAAAUUAAUUGGAAUUUGUUACGAAGAUAAUGUCUAAUUUAUCAUAUUGGCGGUUUGAAAGUAGAAGGAUAGUUAUUAUAUUAUCUAUUUAUUUUUAAAUAGCUUCUACUAGCGGUCCCAUUGGCGUCCCGUGGGAUCCACUUCGGGUAUUGGGAUGAAAAAACGCCUAUAGCAUUCCUCGAUAAAUACUCUAUCUCAAUGAAAGAACACUUACUGAGAUUGGCAUGUUCAAGAGUUCAAGCAAACACGCUUUUCAGCAUUCUAAUACCAUAAUAGUAUAGAUUGAUGCCCGCAAACCGUUGUUGAAUAUGGUCGCGUUUAAUUCCACAUUAAUGAUUUUUUAUACAAUAACUAAAGCAUGGGGAUCUGGCAGAUUCCCCAAAUGCAGCCAAUUGUGUGUGCCAAAAAUUUAUAUGUGCGUUGAAAAUGGGUAGCAACGUCUCAGCUCAGCUUAUUCUUAUGUCCGCGUUGUUCCUAAUUUGCCCAAUUUUACUAACGAUUCUAUGUAUCGUAGUCACUAUCUUUAGGUGCCUACUACCUAAUUAUCACUUUGUACUUACCUGUCGUAAGUGUGAAAUAUUGUGCUAUCCUAUUUCGUGAUGUACUUAUUUUAUAUAUGGCGUUAAUAUUCAAAGUCAACUCUAUGUACAUGAAUAGACUAAGUAAGGGCAAUGCCUAAAAAAUUACACAAAUUUUGGACAACAAAAGAUUGAAAUAUUUUUGUUACGGAAUUGUUACCAUUGAUCAUAGAUAAUGCCUGUUAUGAAUAUCAAAUAUACAGUAAUUAAAAUAUAAGUUGGUCUAUCUGUCCUAGUUCAAAAAACGUAACUAAUUCGGAUGGUUAAAAUCUAUGUAAUAAGAUUUUUUACUAAUCAAAUGUAUCGAAUGUUGACUUACUGUAUUAUUCUAAGUGUAGUAUUAGAUAUUGGACAGCUGCUCACGUAGCUACAAACUUAAUAUUAUGUUUAUGAUUGUGUAAGAAACGAAAUAAAAUGUUAAUUUUUGUAAAUAA